AUGCUAUUGUCAGGUAGUGCUGGGAAGCUAAACUCAGACUUGCCCCAUGUAGGUGUAGAUGCUCAGCGAAGGCGUUGAAACUAGAAACUUAGUUGUUGAAACUCCGUUGACUUUUGGGGAAGAUGAUGGUUUUUAGGUGAGUUGAGUUGUUCUCUGGAGGUGUUCUGCUUCCAGUGAUUUCAGAUGGUGCCAGGAGGGACGGUGCUCCUAACACUAAAUAGUUCAGAGCUCACUGGGGUGAAUCUGGACCUGGUGAAUGCUGCUGGGGUUUGUAUUUGGAUAAUGUUCAAGCAAGUACAACAAAGCAUUUCAGAAACUGUAAUUACAGACAGUCCCUGACAGGGCAGCGAUCAACAGGGAGCCCACAAACAUGAAACACACGAUUUAAAAUCAUGUGCUGAGUGGGAGAAUGGUAAUAAGCUCCUUGUUCCCAGCUCUCUCUUCUAGCUCCCAGCCCAUGUUCCCUGUCUGCUUUUCUCCAGCGUGGAGGCCCAUUUGCUCCGCAUGUAUGGUUGUAUUUAUUUACUUAUUUAUUCUUUCCUCUCUAGGCUUCUGGGCCGAUCGAACACCAGUCCAUGAAGCAGCCAGGAGGGGAGAAAUCCUGCAGCUGCAGCAGCUGAUAGAGAGCGGAGCCUGCGUCAACGCGGUCACCUACGACUCUAUCACCCCGUUGCACGAGGCGAGCCUGCGAGGGCAGACACAGUGUGUCAAGCUCCUGCUGGCUGCAGGGGCACAGGUGGAUGCCAGGAAUAUUGAUGGCAGCACUCCGCUCUGCGAUGCCUGUGCCUCGGGUAGCAUAGAGUGUGUGAAAGUGCUGCUGUCCCACGGCGCCAAGGUGAACCCUCCCCUGUACACGGCGUCUCCUCUCCACGAAGCCUGCAUGAAUGGUAGCUCAGAGUGCGUGCAGCUCCUCAUCGACGUCGGUGCGAACCUGGAGGCUCACGACUGCCAUUUCGGGACUCCCCUACACGUGGCCUGUGCCAGGGAGCAUCUGGACUGUGCAAAGUUGCUGCUCAAGGCAGGGGCAAAUGUGAACGCUGCUAAACUUCAUGAGACAGCCCUCCACCACGCAGCAAAAGUGAAAAACGUGGAUCUGGUGGAGAUGCUGAUUGAAUUUGGAGGAAACAUUUACGCCAGGGACAACCGAGGAAAGAAGCCAUCGGAUUACACCUGGAGCAGCAGUCCCACGUUUCAGAAAUGUGAAAUUGCCAAGAAGCUCAGGGAAGCCCUAGAGAUGUUUAUUGUGGGAUUCGUCCUCGUGAUUGCCUUUGGUUCUUUUAAUCCUUCAGGGAUUUCUCAGCUGGUUGUGAAGCAUCUUCUGAGUUACUGCAUUUUUCAGCUCAGAGUAAAGGCAGAGUAG